UUCGGUGCAUAUUCAAAGCGGGACUGGUUGCACAUUUAUCCUCAAAAACAUUCGGGUGUGCUUGGAUGCCUUGCCUGGGAACGUCACGGUAUUAUACGCUUUCUGACUGAAAGACAGCGAAGAAUAUGGGGCUUGCCAUCCUCAGACACUGAGAAGCAUAACCAAGAUCAAAUAAGAUAUGGAAGCUAUAUGGCUGUACCAGUUCCGGCUGAUUGUCAUUGGCGACUCGACGGUGGGGAAGUCUUGUUUGAUCAGACGCUUCACAGAAGGACGUUUUGCACAGGUGUCUGAUCCUACUGUUGGCGUAGACUUCUUCUCCCGUCUGGUAGAGAUUGAACCAGGCAAACGCAUCAAGCUUCAGAUCUGGGACACGGCAGGCCAAGAGAGAUUCAGAUCUAUCACAAGGGCUUAUUAUCGUAAUUCAGUGGGUGGCCUUUUGCUUUUCGACAUCACCAACCUCCGCUCCUUCCAGAAUGUCCACGAGUGGCUGGAGGAAGCGCGCAGUCACGUGCAGCCGCACAGCAUUGUCGUCAUACUGGUCGGCCACAAGUGUGACCCGGAGCAGCAGCGGCAGGUGAGCCAGCAGGAGGCCGAGAAACUGGCAGCCGCUUACGGCAUGCGCUACGUGGAGACCUCGGCCCGCGACGCCAUAAAUGUAGAGAGGGCCUUCACGGAGCUGACGCGCGAUAUCUACGAUCUAGUCAAAAGUGGUGACAUCACCAUCCAGGAGGGCUGGGAGGGUGUUAAGAGCGGUUUUGUGCCCAACGUGGUGCAUUCAUCCGAGGAGGUGACCAAGAGCGACCGCCGCUGCCUCUGUUGAUCAAGUGACUUCUGUAUCAUGCUCCUUCACUGCAAAACCAGUGCUGUCGUUCUCCCUUAGCUUGACAACCCACAAAUACUCUAGUCCCCUCCAUCAAUGUUUCCUGCUUUCAAAUAAAGUUCCUAUUGUCUUUAAAGCCAAUUGAAAUAAUGACCUAAAUAUCAGCAAAUGUGAAUUUCCUGGAGCUUUGGCAAGUCUUCUCGGUCAAUCUGGCAGGAUGGAACCAAGAGAACUGAGUUGUGGGAACCGUUUAAGUAAAAAAAAUGCAGAAACACUGAUCCUUUGGAGCAAAGACUGAUCCGAAGUUCACACCAGAAUUCACCCAGAAAUGAUGGAUCAUUUGAGAGCACGUACAGGAAGACCACACCAAUCCAAACAUCCCAUUGGAUUAAAUAGCCCCUAAUGUGUUCACUAAAGAUACUCAUUAAUAAUCCUUUUCUGUAAUUCCUUUUUGAAUGACAUUCCUAGUUUUAUUCAGAAAGGAUGCAUUAAAUUGAUCAAAGGUGACAGUAAAGACAUCAAUAAUAUUACAGAAGUUCAAAUAUAUGCGGUUCUUUCAACUUUCUAUUCAUCAAAGAAAAGGGAAAAACAAUUAUAUUAAG